AUGAAUUCAUUAUAUUGGUUGGUUGGUUGGUUGGUUAGUUCGCUGUUACAUAUUAAUCAAUGUAGAUUGAUAAGUAGAUCGAAAUUGGUCAGUAGUAUAUUGAUCAAACCAACAUAUAGUGUAAAUUCAGUCAGAUUCUACUCAAAGGCACCAGAAGAAGAUACACGUACAGACACUGAGAAGAUAACAGAGAAGUUUGAUAUCCCUAGAAUCAUCGAUUUGGCAGACGAACAAUAUGGAAUGACAAAAUAUUUGAAACAAGCACAAAAGUCGAUCAAAGCACGUGAGGAUGCAUUGCCACCACGUCCAGACAGCCGUUAUAAAGGAGAGUUCAAGAUGCUCUCAUCGAUCAUCAUCGAGCGAUUCCCAACACUGAUGCCACUCCCCACCGAGUACGAACAGCGUUGGCUCGACGCCAAAGACCGUCUCAACGAGAUCGUCACACGUCCACCAAUGAAGAUGUCCGCCAUGAUCGAAGAUCUACCAGAAUUCAAGAGCAAGCCCGGCGAAGAGGACGAAGAUGCGCUCGAGGAGGAUUUCGACCGUUUCGUAGCGGAGCCAAGAGAGACCGAAGCAGAUUUGAAGAACGAUCGUAAAUCACUGAAGCGUGCACUCGACAAAUCACUCUAUCUCAUCAUUAAGCGUCGUGAUGGUCAAUGGCAAUUCCCAUCGACUUCAUGGAUCAAGGGAGAAUCCAUAAAGAAUGCCGCCGAGCGUGCACUCCGUGACACAACCGGUAGCGAUUGGACCUAUUGGAUUCCAUCACAAGCACCAUGCGGUGUCUACAAAGAAUAUCUCGAUGUUGAAGAUCAAGAUCAAUUGAAAGCAGAAGGAAUUAAAAAUUUCUUCUUUAGAUCACAUUAUUUUAAUGGAGAACUCAAAUUUAGUGAAAAGAUUGUAAAGGAUCAUUUGUGGGUUACCAAAAGUGAAAUGAAAGAGUAUUUCAGUGAAGACUAUAUGGAACAAUGUCAUAAGCUAAUUUUCGACGAUUGCUUCUACAACUAUAUUUAA